CCACACGCAGCAGCCGAGUUCACUAACAGUCUCCACUUCACCGUUAGAGGAGAUUAUUCCGAGAGCAAAACAGGACGCUUAUUUCUGGCUCUUCAUUGCCAAAAUUAGCUCAUAACAUCCAGGAGUGGCUUUCUAUUAGUGAUUUACAACCAAAUACUGCCAGGAGUCUAAACUCCCUGAAGGGAGUCAGCACACCAACCGGCAGGGAAGCCCUCAGAACCAGAGAAAGUGCUUCUCCACUCACAGUGGAGCAAACUUUGAUCUUUUAUUUAGCAAGCUUAACAGAGCACAGCACGUUGAUGAUGACUGUCACCACAUUGUCAAAAUUUACUAACGAGAACCAUGAUAUCAGGCUGCAGUCACAACUCCCUGAGGGGAGACAGCACACCAGCCGACAGGGGAGCCCUCACAAGCAGAGAGAGUUCCUUUCCACUCACAGUUCCUUUUCCACUCACAGUGGUGUAUAAAUAAAUACUAUGAGGGCAGAGGGGGGAGAAAUACACAAAAUUACUUAAACCAAAAAUAAAAAUAAAAAUUCAUGAAUAUGUUAGAACAACGCAAGGGAGAAGAAAUAGCAAAACACAAAAAGGGGGGGGGGAUACAGGAAAACAGUAAAGAGAGUAAGAGACAGAGAGAUAAAGAAACAGACAGAAAGAUUAAACCAAAAAAAGGAAAAAUAAAUAAAGGGAGGGUAAAAGCUAGCGCCCGUUAUUAUAACGGGCUUAAACAUACUAGUUUUAACUAUAAUGGGAUUACUGUGCCAGUAUAAUCUCUUAGGAUUCAUGCUUGAAUAGAUGUGAACUUUGGAAAAUAAUUUUUAAGCACUGUGUACAGUGAAAAGUGCUGUUGCAUAUAUUAAUAUAUAUAACUAUAUUAAAAAUUAAUAAUGAACAGUUAACACUGAGUGACCACUGGCGUAUGAGUUUUAUAAAACUACAUAUAUAGGUUAUCCAAGAUAAAGUCAAUAGUCCUAUGAAUUCAGCUCUGUUUCUUAUUAAGAACUACUAUUUAGGCCCUUAAUAUGCAACAUAAACAAGUCAAGGGAAUGGCCUGCAGGAACAUUCCUGACAUGCCUCCUCACUAUUAUAAAAUGUUUAUUCUCCCUGUCUAGCUAUGCCCAGCCCUUUUAAAGUCAUAUGGAGUAGAAUUGGACCUUACUGAACAGUCUGUAUCACCAAAAUAGCAUGUAAAAAUUAGGCAGUAUUGGUUUUCAUAAAAGCAGCAUGCUUAGAAUUCUUUUUCUUUCUUAUAAUUUGUCAGUCUUAAGACCCAUAUUUUGAAUAGUUAAAUUGUGAAUUCUUGUGAGUUCAUACCAUUGGGUUGAGUGGCUGCAGUCCCCAAAUAUGGUCCAUUCAUUUUGCAUAUGACAUAUUUAUAUGUCAUCCCUGCAGAAUUUGUGCAAGCUGAACAUUUCCUGAGGGAAAGUGGUUGCUUGGAGCAUCUAAAAGGAAGCAGGCUACUCUAAGGAACCUAUCACCAGUGGGCAUUAACUUGUGAAUGAGAGGACUGGAGUUUGUUUGUUUGUUUUUAAAGCCCAGGGAUAGAGGAGAGGGAAAGGGCAGUCUUGUUACAAGAGGGGAAAUCAGGCAAGAGCAAGAGGGUUGGUUUGGCCUUAAGAAUUUUGGGAGCCUGGGUGAAAUUGUCAUUCAUCUCUGGAUGAAAACUCUGGAUUCAGACAUCAGCUCCCUUCUCCCACCCACAGGACCUUGCAGCUAAGUCCUGACCUACAUUCUCCAUGCAUCUUGACAUCUUAUCACAGUGGGGAAUCUUUCACAACCCAUUCCCUUAGCUGCAAACCUUAACUGCUGGAGUACCCUAACCUCACCAGGUCCCCUUAGCCUUUUGUGCAUCAGAGACAGACACUUCAUUUCUAGCUGACUUUUUUGUUAUAUCAUUAGCUGCUUUCUGGACUUGAUGGUGAAAAAAUUAGACAUAGAUGUAAAUAUAAAUAAAAUAUUGUAGAAGGCCUGCUUGCUCUUCCAUGCAUCAUGCAGGACAUGGCCUGUAAAAAUGUUGCCCUGGGCAUGCCUAGGUAGUAAAUCCAUUCUUCAACUGUUUGUUUGUUUAUAGCUCCAACAAGGAGAAUUAUGGCUUUGGGUGGGCAUAGGAUGGUCAGCAAUAAGACCUGAAGAAGCCUAGGAAAAAGGACAAAGCAGAGAUGAGUCCUGAGUUUGUGCUGAUAGAGCAGCCAGGCCCAUGAAAGGCUAAAAAGAAGGGUGAUUUCUUCAGCAUAUUUCAUGGCAUGCAAUCAAAUCUGAUCAAUGUCAACUGAUAUGACUUCAGCGAAGUAGUAAAAAAGAAAACACAGAAGCCACCAUCCUUUCUAUAUGCAAGUCUGCUCUAGAUGUUAUUUCUAGAAGCAGCAGGACUCUCAUGCUGCUGGAUUGGUUUUGUUUGUUUGUUUUCCCCCUUGCAACUGAAAUGGAGGCAACUGCUAGGAUUGCACAGGAUCCAUGUCCAUGGGGAAUAUACUGAACUGCAUGUGAGGCAGAACAAAGCUCUGUCACAAUGGUGCUUCCUGGUUGUCGCCUCCUGCCUGCAAACAGCUGAACCGUUUCCCGCUUGAUAUCAUCAUGCAGAAAGGAUUGAACGAGACGCAAUGAGAGAAUCAGAUAUUGACGGACGCCCAGUCAGAUGCUUCCCUACAGACUUCUUAUCUCCUUUCGUUUGGUGGUAGAAUACAAAGUAGUCAUCGUGGGAGUACAGGAGCGACUCUGGGUGUCAGAUUUUAUACUGGACUGCAAGACAACGUGAUAUCUCACUCUUUUCAGCAUUUGGACAAUAAUGGAGACUCUGUCCCAGGACACUCUGCUGGAAUGUCAGAUUUGUUUCAAUUACUACAGCCCUCGACGGAGGCCAAAGUUACUGGACUGUAAACACACCUGCUGCUCAGUUUGCCUUCAGCAGAUGCGGACCAGCCAGAAGGACCUGAGGUGUCCAUGGUGCCGAGGUAUCACUAAACUGCCACCUGGGUUUUCUGUCUCCCAGCUGCCAGACGACCCAGAGGUUAUUGCUGUGAUUGCAAUACCCCACACUUCAGAGCACACUCCAGUCUUCAUCAAACUUCCUAGCAAUGGGUGUUAUAUGUUGCCCUUACCAAUCUCCAAGGAGAGGUCUCUGUUGCCAGGAGACAUUGGAUGUCGCCUCCUCCCAGGCAGCCAACAGAAGUCUGUCACUGUGGUGACAAUCCCAGCUGAGCAGCAGCCAUUGCAAGCUGGGAACCCACAGGAUGCAGGAGAUGAGGAGCAAGAUAGGAGGGGCAUAGUGAAAAGUUCCACCUGGUCAGGGGUUUGCACUGUCAUCCUGGUGGCCUGCGUCCUGGUCUUCCUCCUUGGCAUUGUCCUCCACAACAUGUCAUGCAUCUCCAAGCGUUUCACUGUGAUCUCCUGCGGCUGAAAGGAGGCUGCCAUGGCCAUACUCCUGUGGGCUGAUUUUAGGGGUUUGGGAGGGUGGUUGUGGUGGCAGGAGGCCACAAGAUUAAGCACUGUCAUAUGGACUGUUCUGCAGUACUGAGUCAUUGACACUGGGCAAGCUGGUGAAUAGUCUGGCGUCUGCUGUAAAAAGUAGGACAGUGAGACCUGUUAGUGGAAUGUGGGGCACGUCCAAUGCUUAUCUGCUGGUAAUGGUAUCAAGGAAGACUGCAUGCAUCACCAUAAUCACUUAACAAAUGAGCUGUAAUUUUACAAUGAUAUCAUCAUGUUAGGAGAUUAAAGAUGUCUAUUUAGCUGGUUCUACUGUACAAGUAUAGGACAUGAUCUCUCCCUCCCUCUCUCCCUCAACAGAGUAGUCGAUUUACAAAUCAAAAUGCUGUAUGUUCAAGUAGAAGUAAACAUCAGAAUUAUGGAAGUCAAGCUACCCAGUACUUUUCCAGACGUAGCAAAAGCAUAACUCUUUAUUUUUAAACAGCAAUGGGGGAAAUUGUGAAAAGUAAAGUAGUCAUUUAGUCAAUAAGGCUUUUUGUAUCUUUUAAAUUGCACAUUAAUUAAACAGUUUUAAAAAUCUG